GAUUUCUUGCGUCCUUGUUCUCUGCAAGCCGCGAAAUUGACAGAAAUCCAUUAGAUCAACAGGUUUCUGUUUCCAGUUCCCAAAUUAUUUGGAAAGCCAGAUCUUUUUCUUGGUCUAGGAGUUACAACGGCUCUGUUGACCAAAUCCCUAACUUAUAGGGUUGGGAAGUUUCAAAGUAAGCUUCCACUGUUCCUUCAACGUUCAAAAUCCCGUUUCUGCUACUUCUUUUAGCAUCUCUAUUCUUAGAUUCAAGAAAAUGCAGCGACCUCCCCCUUCAGAAGAUUUCCGUCUGAAAGAGACUGCACCCCACCUUGGUGGAGGCUGGGCUGCUGGCGACAAGCUCACUAGCACCUAUGAUCUGGUCGAGCAGAUGCAAUAUCUGUACGUCCGUGUUGUCAAAGCCAAAGACCUCCCAGCAAAAGAUGUCACCGGUAGCUGUGACCCUUAUGUGGAAGUGAAGCUUGGGAAUUACAAGGGCACGACCCGCCACUUUGAAAAGAAGACGAAUCCCGAGUGGAACCAGGUUUUUGCUUUCUCGAAGGACCGAAUCCAAUCUUCUGUCGUUGAGGUUGCGGUGAAGGAUAAGGAUAUGGUGAAGGAUGAUUUAAUUGGGUUCGUUGUUUUCGAUCUCAAUGAAGUCCCCAAGCGUGUCCCCCCGGAUAGCCCACUAGCACCACAGUGGUACAGACUGGAAGAUCGGAAGGGGGAUAAGGUUAAAGGGGAGCUCAUGUUAGCCGUUUGGAUGGGCACCCAGGCAGAUGAAGCAUUUCCUGAAGCAUGGCAUUCCGAUGCUGCAGCUGUUCACAGUGAAGGCCUUGCAAACAUUAGGUCGAAAGUAUAUCUCUCUCCCAAGCUUUGGUAUGUUCGGGUUAAUGUUAUCGAAGCUCAGGAUUUGCAACCGAGUGAUAAGGGCAGGUUCCCAGAAGUCUUUGUUAAGGCUAUUCUUGGCAAUCAGGCACUGAGAACUAGGAUUUCUCAGAGCAGGACAAUCAAUCCCAUGUGGAAUGAGGAUUUGAUGUUUGUAGCAGCAGAACCAUUUGAAGAGCACUUGAUUUUGAGUGUGGAAGAUAGGGUGGGAGCCAACAAGGAUGAGGUUCUGGGGAAGGCUGUGAUUCCUUUGCAGAAUGUGCAGAGAAGGCUGGACUAUAAACCUGUGAAUACUAGGUGGUUUAAUCUUGAGAAGCACGUCAUCGUGGAUGGUGAGCAGAAGAAGAAGGAGAAGUUUGCCAGUAGGAUCCAUUUGAGGAUCUGUUUGGAGGGUGGGUAUCAUGUCUUGGAUGAAUCUACACAUUAUAGCAGUGAUCUUCGGCCGACGGCAAAGCAGUUGUGGAAGCCGAGCAUUGGGGUUCUGGAAGUGGGUAUUUUGACUGCUCAGGGCUUGUUGCCUAUGAAGACGAAGGACGGGCGGGGGACCACAGAUGCUUAUUGCGUGGCAAAAUAUGGGCAGAAGUGGGUUCGGACUAGGACAAUUAUCGACAAUUUUACUCCUAAGUGGAAUGAGCAAUACACUUGGGAGGUAUUUGAUCCAUGUACUGUGAUUACUAUCGGGGUGUUUGAUAACUGUCAUUUGCAGGGAGGAGAUAAGGGGGCAGGGGCAAAAGAUUCCAGAAUUGGGAAGGUGAGGAUUCGGCUCUCGACACUUGAAACUGAUCGGGUCUAUACCCACUCAUAUCCGCUGCUGGUACUGCAUCCUUCAGGAGUGAAGAAGAUGGGAGAAGUGCAGUUGGCUGUUAGGUUCACAUGCUCAUCUUUGCUUAACAUGCUGCACAUCUAUUCACAGCCAUUGCUGCCGAAAAUGCAUUACCUUCAUCCACUGACGGUUACUCAGCUCGAUAGCUUGAGGCACCAGGCCACACAGAUAGUAUCGAUGAGGUUGAGCCGCGCUGAGCCACCGCUGAGGAAAGAAGUUGUCGAGUACAUGUUAGAUGUGGAUUCUCAUAUGUGGAGUAUGCGAAGAAGCAAAGCUAACUUCUUCCGGAUUAUGGGUGUCUUGAGUGGGUUGAUUGCGGUCGGGAAAUGGUUUGAUCAGAUUUGUAACUGGAGGAACUCUUUGACGACAAUCCUGAUUCAUGUACUUUUCAUAAUACUUGUUUUGUACCCUGAACUGAUACUACCGACGAUAUUUCUAUACCUGUUCUUGAUUGGGGUCUGGUACUACCGGUGGAGGCCUAGGCAGCCUCCUCACAUGGACACUCGGCUAUCUCAUGCUGAUACUGUUCAUCCUGAUGAAUUGGAUGAGGAAUUUGAUACUUUCCCAACUUCUCGGCCUGCAGAUAUUGUGAGGAUGAGAUAUGAUCGCUUGAGAAGCAUCGCGGGAAGGAUACAGACAGUGGUUGGUGACCUGGCAACGCAGGGGGAGAGGUUGCAGUCUCUGCUGAGCUGGCGAGACCCAAGAGCGACAGCCCUGUUUGUGAUUUUCUGUUUGAUUGCUGCCAUUGUGCUCUAUGUCACGCCAUUCCAAGUGGUGGCCCUCGUCGCCGGCUUUUACGUGUUGAGGCAUCCGAGGUUCCGUCACAAGCUUCCUUCAGCACCCCUCAACUUCUUCAGGAGGCUGCCUGCAAGAACAGACAGCUUGUUGUGAAAAGAGCAUAUGCAAUUCGUGAUGGGUUUGUGCCGUUUCUUAUCGUGUAUUGUUGGUUUCCCAUCAGCUCUGCGUACAAUCAGCCUGUGUAGCAGCUUUCUGUUUGAUUUCUAGUCUGCGGCUCCAGUUGGGUCCUGGUCAGAUGCAUAAUUCUCGCGAGUCUCAUCCGUACACUGGUAGCAAUUUGCGAAUCUGUGUUUGCUUUAUGUUAUUGUUAGAUAUCUGAUACUCGUGAAUUGAUUUCUUUA